AUGUUUGCCAGAGCUAUCCGAGCCCCCAGGGCACUGCCACUGCGUGCUCGUGUCCCUGCCGCUCUCUCAAUUGGUUCUCGCUUUGUGACAACCGAUGCCGCCUCUGCAUCCCUGAGCCAAAAUGUUCCGCAAUCCGACGAUGAGCCAUUCCAGGUUAACCUGAGCGACGAGAGCUUCGAGACAUACGAGCUGGAUCCCCCCCCUUACACCAUUGAGGUGACCAAGAACGAGCUCAAGCAGAUGUACUCCGACAUGGUCACUGUCAGACAGAUGGAGAUGGCGGCCGAUCGUUUGUACAAGGAGAAGAAGAUCCGAGGUUUCUGCCACUUGUCAACUGGACAGGAGGCUGUUGCCGUCGGUAUUGAGCAUGCCAUCACCAAGGAGGACGAUGUCAUCACUUCCUACCGAUGCCACGGUUUCGCCUUGAUGCGUGGAGGUACCAUCCGAUCCAUCAUUGGUGAGCUCCUCGGCCGUCGUGAGGGUAUUGCCUACGGCAAGGGUGGUUCCAUGCACAUGUUCGCCAAGGGAUUCUAUGGCGGCAAUGGUAUUGUCGGUGCCCAGGUCCCUGUCGGUGCUGGUCUUGCUUUCGCCCACAAGUACAACGGCAACAAGAACGCCAGUAUCAUCCUGUACGGUGACGGUGCUAGCAACCAGGGCCAGGUCUUCGAGGCUUUCAACAUGGCUAAGCUCUGGGGACUUCCCGCCCUCUUUGGCUGCGAGAACAACAAGUACGGUAUGGGUACAUCCGCUGCUCGUUCCUCAGCUCUCACCGAGUACUACAAGCGUGGACAGUACAUUCCUGGUCUUAAGAUCAAUGGUAUGGACGUUCUUGCUGUCAAGGCUGCUGUCAAGUAUGGUAAGGAGUGGACCGCCGCCGACAAGGGUCCUCUUGUCCUUGAGUACGUAACCUACCGCUACGGUGGUCACUCCAUGUCUGACCCCGGUACCACCUACCGUACCCGUGAGGAGAUUCAGCGCAUGCGUUCCACCAACGAUCCUAUUGCUGGACUGAAGCAGAAGAUCCUUGACUGGCAAGUCACCACUGAGGACGAGCUCAAGAAGCUGGACAAGGAGGCCCGCAACCACGUUGCGGAGGAGGUUGCCGCAGCUGAGGCCAUGGCCUUCCCCGAGGCCAAGUCUUCCAUCCUGUUCGAGGACAUCUACGUCAGAGGCAGCGAGCCCCUUUCCAUCCGUGGCCGCACCACUGAUGAGGACUACUUCUUCAACUAG